GCCCCCGCCGGCGGAAGUGACAGCGCACGCCAUAGCGCCGCACGGUCGACUUCCCGUCUCUUUCUCGUGCGACAGCCACCAUGCCGCCUAAAAAGGAUACAAAGGGUUCCUCUAAACAGCCGCAGAAAACCCAGAAGAAGAAGGAGGGUGGAUCUGGUGGAAAAGCUAAGAAGAAGAAGUGGUCCAAAGGAAAAGUACGUGACAAGUUAAAUAAUCAAGUACUCUUCGACAAGCCCACAUAUGAGAAGCUGUUGAAAGAGGUGCCGCAAUACAAACUGAUCACCCCCUCGAUCGUCAGUGAAAGAUUAAAGAUCAGGGGAUCUCUCGCCAGACGGGCGCUGAUAGAGCUUCAGCAGAAGGGCCUGAUCAAGCAGGUCGUGCAGCAUCAUGCGCAACUUAUCUAUACACGUACUACGAAGGGAGAUGACCCAGCGGUAUAAUAUGUAAACAACAAUUUAAUAAAAAAAAUAGUUAAAAUAUAA